AAUAUAUUUCAUUUGAGUAUAUCUGUUAUAGUUUUUUUACUACUGAAAGAUGGAUUCGAAGAGGAAGAUAGCAUUACUUAUCUUCGGUCUGCUGGCCAUGCUCCUUUUCAUCUCCUCAGAGGUGGCAGCCAGAGAACUGAAAGAGGUCACUGGUGCUGGCUUGUCUGGUGGCCGUGGCGUAAACUUUGGUGGCUUUGGUGGCAUUGGUGGUGGCCCUGGCUUCCGCUUUGGCUUCAAUAAUGGCUCCCCCCGCUUCUUCCCUGGAUUCCCCACCAGCUUCCCUGGAUUCCCCGGCUUCCCUGGAUUCCCCACCAGCUUCCCUGGAUUCCCCGGCUUCCCUGGAUUCUCCGGCGGCCCUGGAUUCCCCGGCACUGGAUUCCCCGGCACUGGAUUCACCGGCACCUUCCCUGGCUUUGGUGGUGGCGUCGGCGGCGGCUUCUCAAACACUGGCUUUGGUGGUGUUGGUGGCAUCCCAGGAGGAUUUCCGUAAAGGCUGUUGAGAUGGGGAUGAUGUAGUGAGUGAAGUUGCUUGAUUAAGGUGCUGAUGCCCUAGCUAUCAGAGGAUACAUAGUUGAGACGACAGUGUAAUUCUACGUACUUAAAAUAACAUAUUUCAUGAAUAAAAUCUCUUGCGUGUUAUGAGAGGCACAUGUGGAUAGACGGCAAGUCCUGUCUUUUCUUCCCACCUUUCUUACCACCUGAGAUACUACUAGAAUUAGUUAGUAUUGAAUAUAUAUUACGUCGUUGCUCAUUUGUGCCUGUGUCAUUAAGUUUAUGAGUAAACUCAAUUAUCUAUUGUACAAAUAAUUUGUCAUAUAAUAAAUCUUGACUUUUACUUCUACUGU